AAUUUUUGUUUCCCUCUCCUCCACUUUUGGGUUCUUCUGAAAAAUCGAACGUUACACACCCACCUAGUUACUCCUUGACUCAGAUACACAUUACAACACAACGUUUCUCUCUCUCUCUCUCUCUCUCUCUCUCCUCUGUUGUAUCUACUAGUAUAGUCCGCUGUUUGGGAUAAUCAUUGUUCAUUAUCCACAAGUUUAGGUUUUGGAUUGAGGUUUCAAUGGCUGCUCAGGACUCAGAUUGCUUUACCCAAUUUGUUUCGGAAACACUCGAGACAGAUUCACUUGGGGGUGAAGCUAAAAGUGUCGAAAUUGGACUCAGACAGAGCGAAGCUGAACUGGGUUCGGGGAAGAAGAUGAAGAUGAGGGCUGAAAUCGACACGUCAGCGCCUUUCGAGUCUGUGAAGGAGGCAGCGAGUCGAUUCGGUGGAAUCGGUUUCUGGAAACCCAAUUCCCACAAGCCCUCUGAAUCUUCUAAGAUUCACUUGGGGGUGAAGCUGAAAGCUGCACAGUUGGAGAAAGAUCUGGUUGCAAAAGAAAAGGAAACACUCGAUGUCUUGAAAGAACUGGAAACAACUAAAACAAUUGUACAAGAACUGAAACUAAAGCUACAGAAAGAAACAUCUGAAAUCAACGCAGCCUCUGAUGCAAAUUUCGAAGAUAGGAAUGCAAAUUCAGUUCCGGAAUUCAUCUUAAUGGAAUUGAAACAAGCCAAGUUGAAUCUCAGCAGAACCACGAAUGAUCUUGCUGAUAUUCGAGGUACUGUUGAAUCAUUUAACGAGAAAAUAGAGAAGGAAAGAAUUUCGCUUGAGAAGACCUGUGAGAGGUUAUCUUUAAAUUCCUCAAAAAUGUCAACACUCGAGGAAGAACUAAACAAAACAAGACUGAAGCUACAACAGGCCCAAGAUAAUCCCAUUGAUAUAACACGAGAGCUUCAAUGGUUGAGUAAUGAGGCAGAGCAGUACAAGAGAAUGGGUGAAUCAGCAAAAUCAGAAGUUCUGAGAGCAAUAGCAAUGUCGGAGAUUGAACAGACAAAAACUAGGAUUAAAACCGCUGAGAUCAGAUUGGUUGCAGCCAAGAAAAUGAAGGAAGCGGCUAGAGCCACUGAAGCUGUUGCUCAUGCCGAGAUCAAGGCCCUAUCAAGCAGUGAGGCUAAAGGAGUUACCCUUUCGUUCGAGGAAUACACAUCUCUAACUACAAAAGCCCGAGAUGCUGAGGAAGCUUCUAAGAGGAGAGUAGUAGAUACCAUGCUUCAAGUUGAUGCAGCAACAAACGUUUCAAAAAUGGAGAUUUUGAAGAGGGUAGAAGAAGCAACGGAGGAAGUCAAAACAUGUAAGGUGGUCUUUGAAGAAGCUAUGAAUAGAGUAGAUGCUGCAAAUAGAGCAAAGUUGGAGGCUGAAGAGGCGCUGCGAAAAUGGAGAUCUGAACACGGUCAAAAAAGACGUUCCAUACAGAACUCUACCAAGUUCAAGAAUUCUUACCCAUCUCACCAUCGAAAAGAACCUUGUGUUAUUGAUGUGAAUGGGUUGAAUCUGGUAAAUGAUGAGCCAAAGCUGGUUUUGAGGUCAUCACUGUCUAUAGGGCAAAUACUGAGCAGGAAACUGCUUCUAAAAGAAGAAUUUGAGAAUGGGACGAGGGCGGGAAAAGGUGCUGUGAAGCGGAAGAUUUCACUCGGUCAAAUGCUUAGUAGGUCUAAUGGUGAUACGCCCUCUACGCAGAAGAGCGAUGAGAGGGAAAGUGGCCACAAACAGCUGCCUGCAAAGAGAAAGAAGUUUGGAUUUGCUCGGUUCUCAGUCCUCAUCAACAAAAAGCAAAGUAAGAAAAAGAAGAAGCAAAUUCCUCAUCAAAAAACAAAGUAAGAAAAGGAAGCAAAUUCCUCCUAAUUCAAGGUGCCACGGUUGCUUCAGAUCAAGAACUGCCUUUUCUUGUCAUCUUUAAUUGUCAUGUUCUUGUUAUUAUUAGGCCCUAAACCUCUUUCGGUGUGUCGCUAGUUUAAUGUUUAUGUCUUCUUAAUUAGGUGCCUAAUCCAUUGUUUAUGGAUUGUAUUUUCUCUCUUUUGUGGUGGUUCAAAUGAUGAAAGUGAAAUUUCACUAUUACAACCUUCACUGAGAAUGUGGUGUAUGCUUAAAA